CAUCGCAGAUCCGCCUCUUUCCCCUUGCCGGGCUGACAUUGUCUCGCGUUUCCCUUCCUCCAGGCUGCCGGCAAGCGAAAAGAAAAUCAAAUCAAAAUCGAAAUCGACUGCCUUGAAGUCGCUGCUGACUUAUGGCGACCGGUGAGUGGGCUUGCGUGUUCCAAUGAACCCUGUGAGCGAUGCCGUCGGGAGUCAUGUACUCCCAGCAGGGUCACCCAUGGUGAUAAGGUCAAGGGAGAGGAACCAGACAAAGAACGAUCCAAGAAUGUCCUCAAUGGCAGAACAGGCGGAGGAUAACAAUGUGUAUGUUACAAUGGCUGUGAAGGCGGAUGAAGGCUGCAGCAGAUAAAGGACUUCCAGUCGUCAUGGUACCCAUGCCAUUGGAUCAAAGCCUUUUUCUGUCAAGAUUGUGUGUUGAUCGUGGUGCACUGAUCUCCCCCCAUAAAACAAAUUCAAGCACAGGCGUCUUCCAUAACAAAAGUCCCAUGGCGAUCAGCAAAUGGCAACGGGGACAGGACUGUGAAAUUGAGAAGCCCCUAGUCAUGGUCUGGUACAUCGGCGGUGGAUACAGGUUCAGACGGAUCCAUUGUUGAAGACUAUAUUUUGGAAGACAAUCUUACUCGGUCACGAGUGAUCGCCAAGAAGAAGAAUGAAUAGGGUUUUCAUGAGAACAAUGGCUUCACUCAAGGACAAACUGAUUACUCCAGUUGCAACACCAGCCACCCAGCCAAACAACAAAGUCACUGUGGUGGGAGUAGGUCAAGUUGGGAUGGCUUGCGCUAUCAGCGUCCUGGAAAAGAGGGUCUGCGAUGAACUUGCACUGGUUGAUGUCCUGGAAGACAAACUGAAGGGAGAAAUGAUGGACCUGCAGCACGGAAGCUUAUUUCUUAAGACCCACAAGAUUGUAGCAGACAAGGAUUACUCUGUCACUGCUAAUUCCAAGAUUGUUGUUGUGACCGCCGGAGUCCGCCAGCAAGAGGGAGAGAGCCAGCUUGACUUGGUCCAGAGGAACGUGAAUGUCUUCAAGUUUAUUAUCCCACAGGUUGUGAAGUAUAGUCCAAACUGCAUCAUCCUGGUUGUUUCGAACCCAGUGGAUAUCCUGACCAACGUUACGUGGAAACUGAGCGGACUGCCUAAGCAUCGCGUCAUCGGCAGCGGGUGCAACCUUGACUCGGCUCGCUUUUGUUUCCUGAUGGCAGAGAAGUUGGGUGUCCAUCCCACCAGCUGCCGCGGCUGGAUCUUGGGAGAACACGGGGAUUCCAGCGUGGCCGUUUGGAGUGGGGUUAAUGUGGCUGGCGUUUCCCUGCAGGAACUAAACCCUGCCAUGGGGUCUGACCAAGAUCCAGAGGGCUGGAAGCAAGUCCACAAGCAGGUGGUCGACAGUGCCUACGAGGUAAUCAAGCUGAAAGGCUACACUAACUGGGCCAUCGGCUUAAGUGUUGCCGACCUACUGGAGACAAUCUUGAAGAACCUUCGCCGAAUUCAUCCGGUUUCCACCAUGGUAAAGGGGAUGUACGGCAUUGAAAACGAAGUCUUCCUGAGCCUGCCGUGCGUGCUCGGAUCUGUUGGCUUGACCAGCAUAAUCAACCAGAAGCUGAAAGACAGUGAAGUGGCUCAGCUCCAGAGGAGUGCCUCUAUGUUGUGGAAUGUCCAGAAGGACCUCAAAGACCUGUAGGCAUACGAGUGUCGCCUUUUCAGCAGCAGCAAGACCACCAACGUUCAAAGUUCGAUCCUGCACUUUUGCGUGAGCCUCUCCAGCCUAACUCAGUCGCUGAGCUUCCAGUAAUCAUCCUCAGAAACGUACAAGCUUUCGUCCACCACCGUUUAAGAUGUGUGCUUGGUGUAACGCAGACCUUCUGAACAAAUAAAACCAGCUCUUUUGCGUGUGCUCUA